AUGCGUGCGUCGAUCUUGUGCGCACCUACCUUGCCCCCGCCCCGCCUCGGAACAUACGAUGGUGUCCGCCGUCGACCAGGAGCCGCAGGUCGGAAAGCGUGGAAGUCGAUCGGGUCACUCGAAGUCUCGGCGCCCUUGCCAAACUGGAGUGGUGGCAGUUCCUCGGUCGCAGCAGCCGCAUUCGCCGAGUUGGCCGCGGCCGCGGCGAUCGCACGCUCGGCCGUCCUCGAACCAAAGUGCUCGAAGAGGAUAUCGCGAGAGAGCGCAACCCGGCCCAUCCCUUCGACGUGCGCGGCGACGAGGCUCGACCUGUCUUUGGACGAGCGCUGCGUACCCGAGCUACUGCCGACGCCGAUGUCGUGGAGCGCAGGCAUCAACUCGGGAACGAAUAAGGCCGACGAGCGCGGGUUUGAAAACGCGAGCAGGCGGACGUUCUGCUGCGACGACGGCGUCGAAGGACCGGCCUUGGACGUCGAAGCGGCGCUUGCGACCGAGAACGAGCCGUCCCUCGAAGGCGGAGUCGAAGGAGGGGCCAACUGGGUCGAGCAAGACGAGGCCGGACUGGGCAUGACCGUCGUCGCGACGGUGGAGGUGGUGGCCGAGGUUGAGGCCGAGGACUGUCGCUGGUGGCUACGAGCGCGUGUGGUGACAUGGGUCGGCUUCGAAGGGGACUCGAGAGUCGAGAAGGGGCUCUUCUUGCUCGAGGACGGAAAGGUGAGUGUGGCGUGA